AUGGCAGCAAAAAACGAAAAUGGUUCUUGCGAUCUUCCAGAGGAAAUUUGGUUCCAUGCGAUUUCAUACCUAACAGCUGUUCAAGAUAUUCUCCAUCUAGGAUCUACAUGUAAAAGGCUCUACGAAUUAACAAACGAAAACAUUAUUUGGCGAAGGCGUCUUAAAGCUGACAAUCGCCAUCUUUUGCUCCUCCCUCGAACUUCUUCAUCAUAUACCGUCAAUCGUGCUUAUAUCGCUAGCAGCAGUAGUGACAACAAUGAAGUUUUAGAAGAUGAACCGGGUAUCUGGAAAAAGCUUUAUCUAAAGGCAAGUCAUGCUAUGUCAUUUGGAAAUAGGCACCACAGGGGUUUCUCAAGUCUUGCUGGAGAAAGAUUGUGUGCUGAGUUUGUGGUAAACCCCAGUGCAACUAGGGUUAAUGGCAUUCGAUUUGAUGACCGGGCCCCAGUGAAACAGAGCGUAGAAAUGUGGGUAAAGCUAAAUAAGAAGAAACCUGAUGGAAUCAUUAUAGGAUGCCAGAGCGAAUCAGUAAGGUAUAGCCCUGAGUAGCUCUGUGAUCAUCCACAUUUUCCCUAUGUUAAAUUUAAAAUAGAGCAACUACAGAAUCUGACAUCACUGAAGCGUAAGCAUAAUGUUAGUGUUUAAGUCGUGUUUUAUGACACUUCUAUACUAUUCUUGAGCAAUCCUGUAAAAAUUCAUUUAGUUUCAAUUGGUUUAGUUUCCUUAUUAAGGUACUCCUAUGAACCAUAUUCAGAAAAAAUUACCACAUAUUGGACUGAUUAUCACUACCAACCACUUGUAGAAGAAAAACAAAGAAAAGCGAGCAUGUGGACUAUAAGGUGCAACCAUACGAGUGAGAAUAAGAUUUGAGACACAAGUCUCCAAUUCAAUGAGGAGCUAUCAUUGGAAGGAGGCAAUCCCCUAUAACACUAACAAGGGUGUUUAUCUUACUUUCCAUGGAGGAAGCUUAAUGGUUGUUUGUCGAUUCGUAUCACUUAGAGAGGUGUUAUUGGGGCCUAUUGGAACCCAGAAAACUAGGAAAAAAUAAAAUCAUCCAAUUUUGUGAAAAAGAUAGGUUAGCUCUGCAAACCACACAAAAAGACCAAAAUAAUUCUUCUUUUCAAAUCCCAAUAAUUGCAUUGGUGUUGGUUGGAAACUGAAAGCUAAUGUGAAAAAAGAAUACUGCAAAAGGCUCAAAAGUGAAAAGCCAAAGUUUUUUUUUUUUGAAAAUGGGAAAAACCAAUUACAAAAAUGUCUUUUAGUUUGUCCACAAACACCAGAUCUUGAUGCCCCUCUCCUGAGUCUCCUGCAUGUGCUAAAAUUAAAAGGUUACAGUCAGAAUUAACACAAGUACAUGAAAAUUUUGCCGUUAGCUUAAAAUUGUGUGUAGUUUGGGAAGUUAAAAUCUGUUUAUUAUUAGACAAAUAUGAGCUAAUAUGCACCUGGCAAUUUUUGUUAUUUCUUUGUUGAAAACAGUUUGCUUUGUUGUAUUAUUGUUAAGCUCUAGCAGGUGGCCUCAGUAUCAUUGGCAGAUACUCCAUGUAGGCCCUGAUGGCUGCAUUAGAGGCUCCUUAGAACCUUAUAAGGUCAUGAAAGGGCCUUGCAUUAAUGAUGGACUGUGGCAUCAUGUUGCAUUAUCAGCAUCUCCUGAUCGGCAGUUCAUGUUUGUUGAUGGACAUGUUGCAUGCUCUAUAAAUGUUGGAAUUGGACGUGGACUUCACAGGUGUGUCUAUUAACAAUGUUCAUUAUGAUUAUGACUAAGCUAAGACUAAGCCAAGGUAGUUUUGCUGUGGCUAAAAAACAGUUACAAACAUUUAUAACAAUGCCUUAUUUUUUUGUCUUUACUUGGUCUUAUGGGGUUAUUUUGGGUCUUUUGACAUAUAGAGAUACUGAUUUGAGUGCGACAUUGAGGCACUUAUUCUGCCUUCAUUUUCAUCAUCUUCAUCAUCGUCCAUCAUCUGCACUUCUGAAAGAACUGAAGGUGUCCUCUUACUGCUCCCCGGUAAGCUCAGUUGCGAGAGUGCCUGACUACCGAACAGGAGGUUGUGAGUUCAAACACUGGCCAGACCAACAACCAGGGUCUUUCAAAAACUGGUAAGAUCAUGGUGGCUGUGAUCUAAGAACAUGUCUCAGUUGAGAUGAUCAUGUCAUUGGGCGGUGAUAUUUAGCCAUUGGCCUUCUCUCCUUCAUCCUUUUUUCACUGGUCACAAUUUGAAAGGGAUGUAAAAGAACCCACACUACUGUUUGGAAAUAGCAGGGGAUGUAUCCCCAGUGGUGUGUUUUUACCUUACACACUUCAUUCAUAUCAUGGACAGGGUGAGUUACAGUAAGCUUAUAAAUGGACCGAUAGUGGCUGCCAGUAGUGGCCUUAUAUGCUGGUAUCCGAGCGUAUGUUUAACAGGGGAUGUAAAGAGGACAAUCUGUUGUCCUCUCAUCCACAACAUUUUAGUGCUUUGCCUCAUCAUGUAAAUCCUCUUUCCUCAAGUUCUAACAUCCUUAUGUACUUUCAAGAGUUUCGAGGUCUCCCUCUAUUACACUUCCCCUGCAGUUCACAGUUAAGAGCUGUCAUGGACACUGUUCUGUCUUAUCUCCUCAGUUUGUGGCCAAUCCAUCUCCAUGUUCAUCCUUUUGUCUCCUCCUCUAUCGGCUUCUGUACUGCCUGCUUCCACAGCUCUUCAUUUGGGGUUCUUCUGGGCCACCGCAUCCACAUUGUGCCCCUUACGGCACUUGUUAAUGAACACAGGCAUUUUCUACUUCAGUUCUUUGGUAAGACUCCAAGAGCACAGCAUUCACAUUUAACAUAGAGACUCUCAAGUUAGUGACAUGGAGCACCAUAUCGCCAUCACCCAGUUUGGUACUGGCACGCAUUAGGUUUGUCUUUGUGGGAAUGAUCUUCAGGCCACCCUUAAAUGCCUGUGUCUUAUCCUUGUUACCUUUUUUCUCUCCGACAACAAGGCAAGAUAAUCAACAAAACCCAGGUCUUCUAAGGUUGCCAUGAUGGGCCAUUGGAUAGCACCCCUCCUUAGAAAGGCCAUUCUUACCCAAUCGAGAGUGGUCAGAUUGGAUGACAGCAGCCAACAUUGUCUGACCCCCGUUCUCAUGCUCAUCUCUGUUAACCUCUGACGGACAACUAUGCACAACAUACAUGGAAAAACGUUCACAGAGAGCUCUAAUAAUGGUGACUAUCUCGGCUUGAAUUCCUUACUGCCACGGCUUCAGAGUCACAACACCGCUCUGCUGACACUGUCAAUGGCCCUUCGAAGUCUAUUAAGUUGAUGUAUAAAGAGGACUGCCACACGAUAUUUUGUUCUACAGUAAUUCUUAAAUUAUGUUGCUAUCUGGUCCAUACAGUUCUGAUCAUCUCAAGAACCCGCUCGCUGCACACUCAGCUUCUUGUCUACCAUGCUAGUUUAACAGUGGCUCAGUUCACCUUUCUUUGGCGGAGUGAUUAACAAACCCUUCCUCCCUUCAUCCAGCACCUUCUCCUGGUGCCAUAUCUGGUUACAAAGAUCUAAGAGAACCACUCUCCCUUUCCUCUGGUUUCAUAUUGUUACAGCCUGCUGCAUUCUCGUUCUUAAGCUUCUUUAUAACAUAUUUUGAUGAAUCGCUUCCUAGCUCUUCGUCUAUCAUGUAUUGAGCAAUACUCCCACUUAAUUUCUCACUGGAUUAAAAGUGGUCUAGAAUCUUCCACUCAAACCUCCUGUUAAUCUCCGUCAAAGGCUUCACGUCACUCCUCCUUCCAUCCUCCUCAGCUUGCUCUACCUCUGACUCUACAUAUACCCUCUUGUCUUUUUUACAUUUUCUCUUUGCCUAGUUUUUGGGACUCGCUAUUCUCCUGAGUACUUGUCUUAGCAAAUACAAUGUUUGCAGCAUUUUUUGCUUCCUUUCGGUACUCAAUCUACCAGAUCUCGUUUAUAUUGACUCACUGCUUUCUGUUAGAUUGCGCAUUCCCCAGCACCUCUUCGCAUGCCUCCAGGUAUCCUUUUUUGAUCUGUCUCCACUUGUCAUCCACUAAAGGUUCUUCUUCAUAAUGUUGCAGACACUCGAAUCUAUUUUGCAGCGUCAGCUUAAACGGGUCUUUUGUUUUUAAGAUGACCCUUAGCCUGGUACCCUCAGCACCCCUUUUUAUUUUGGCAAACUAUGUCCGCACCUUUGCCAUCAAGAGGCAGUGAAAUGACCCAACAUCAAAACUACACAUGACGCGAAUAUUCUCCGGUGAGCUCCAGGUCAUAUCUAGCUGAUGUUCAGUUUUACCACCUGGUGAAAUCCAUGUCCUCUUGUGACAAUUCCUUUGCCGGCACUUUGUUCCACCUGUUACUACCUCAUCAACUUGAAAAAAAUCAGCCCACCUCUCACCAUUUCCGUUCAUUUUAGCCCUUACUUCAUGUCUAACUAUCAACUUCUGUCUGCCGUUGGUGCCCACGCCAAGCUUAGCAUUCAUGUCUCCCAUUACAAUCUUAUUAUCUCUGCGUAGCCCCUGCUCAGACACUGCCUACAACACUUCAUAAAAGUCGUACUUUGCCUCCUUCGUUGCAUCGUUUGUAGGGGCAUGACACUGUUUGACCGUGACCUGCUACCACCUUGAGUUGACCUGGCUCUGAUGGUCCUCUCAGACACCAGCUCCCAUUCUAAUAUACUUUGUACAUCAUCUUUUGAUAGAACUAAACUAACUAACCCCUCUCUCAUGACAUUUACCUUUAUCCAGUCCAGAGCACAGCACAGUUUCUCCAACGGCCUUCAUCAUCUUCCCACAGGAGUUCCAUUUCACUUCACUCACCUCAGGGAUGCUGAUUGCAUGUUUCUUUAUUUCGUUAACCACCUGGACAUACUCCCCCCCACCCCCAACCCCUUCAACAUUGUCCCGAUUCGUGACGAACACGGCCUUUGGCGACAGCAAUUUCAUCGACAGUUAAGGCAUUAUUCGUCUUCCCUUCGCAUGAUGAUUGGAUCGUACGUUGUCAUCUUUUUGCUCUGCUUCCCCGUAAUAGGGCACAGUAACAGUGGGAACAAUCUGUUAGCCCACCACCUAACGCCAGCCUGAAGGAACAGGGGAUUACUCUUCAUCUGACCUCUACUCUUCGACUGUUCAGCAUUGAAGUAAAAUACUCCAGCUGACAAAGCUGUCAGGGUCGUUCAUCCACACAAAGUAUCUCACCAAGGUAGUGAAAUGAUCCCAUGUCGAUAAACUUCACCGUUAUUAUGUUUGAUUAAGUUUACUUAGCAGACUAAUCCAACAACAUUUAGCACAGGAAAAAAGAGGAUGGGCAUGUGACAAAUACUAAACUAUUAGUGUUUUGCCCAGUCCAUACUUUGCUCCUGGAGAAACUUUCGUAUACGAAGCAUCAGUAUGAAAGAGGGCGCAAAAGAGUUUGAGGGAAUGUUUUUAUGGGACGAGGCGGUUUGCGGUUUUUAUAAAUUUGAUUGCGGCAUUGUUUGGUUUUCAGUUAAAGUAAGUGCGGGCCUCCAAGUAGUUUAGUCUGGGGUAGGGUAUUAUAAUCAGAGUUGGGGACUUUGUUUUUUCAUUUCCUGCGAAGCGUAUCAGGGAUACUUGGUCUAGAAGUAGAAAUUAACUGAAGUCCACCCAUUUGUCUCUCAGAUAUUACAUGAAGCACAGUCAGAUUGGUAAUGGAGUUAUCAGCAAUGGGGUAUGCACACCUUGGGGAGAUGAUGCCAUGCCUCAUGGGCAUUGUGGAUGGUAUCCCUUUCAUGGCCUGGUAAGAUUUAUAUUGUCCAGCCAUUUGUGAGUGCCACCUUAAACGAAAGCUAUGGUAUUCAGUUGUGAGAGUCGGUCAUUUUCAAAUGGUGAAACCACACAGGGCUUUUGCUUUUAAUUAAGUAAAGGUAAUAGAACUUUUUGUGUCUUUGUAUGGAGAGCCCCAGUCUGCACAAAAUGUUGACAAAAUAACCUUUAGCAUUAUUAUGGCCUAAAUCUGAUAACAGAGAGGGAAAAUGCAUUUGUCAUGUUUUCAUGUUGAUUUGGUCACCAAUUUAUUACUAUUAGCAAUAACUUUAAAACCGUGCGUUUGGUUUUUAAUAUCUAGGUAAGGGAAGUCCGCAUCUGGUCAUGCGCGUUGACCCAAUCUGAAGUGCGUCAAAACAUGUAUUUACAGAGAAUUGACCUCGCUCAACAAAUUGACAAGAGUACGCUGAUCGGUUAUUGGCCAAUGAACAGACUCAUGUCGGGCCCAUGGCCCUGGCAAGGGUCAUUAGUAUCGUGUACCUCGCACUUAGAGGAACACAGAGAGAACAGUGUACAUUUAAGGAUUGUGUUCUCCAGUUUACCCUGA